AUGCGCACAGUCAAUACUGCAUCCCGAACUCUGUCGGACCUUUUAGCAGGCGGUCCAGCAAAGAAGAGCCAGAAAGGGAUAGGCGAUCUUAUAAGGUCGUCUUGCAGCGCUCUAAGAGCUCUCAGAGAGCUCAGUCCUGGAGACGUUGACACCGAGCGUGCAGCCUCGAGUAUUGCUGGGAAGUUGGUCUCGCUUGAGAUGGACGACGCAGCUGUACAGAUUUUGGCCGACAUGCGACCGGCGCUGAGCACACUCUGCGCACCUAACGGCCUGCCGUCCACCGAACCUCUGCCUUCUCAGCUCCCAGCUCUGCCCCUUCCAUGCCAUGACGCUCAAAUACCGGAGACGGUUAUGGUUUUGGUAGCUACAUUCCUACUCCACUCCAUGUCUGUGCUAUCCCGGCGCACGGACGACGUAGCGGCGAUGCUCACAACACUACGCGACCCCUCUAUCCCGUCCCUAUUCCUUUGGGCGCCGACCUUCAAGGUUCUGCCUUCUAAACAUCACGACUCUCUGUUCACGCGCACAUAUACAGCCAUGGCGAAGGCAGCGUCUUUGCCCGGCGUUGCAAUGCAGCAUGCCUUCGGUCUACGGAUGUACGCUCUCGAAUGCCUCGCUCAGACGCGUCCUGGGGUCAUUGUUCCUGAGACGUUCUGGGAGCAAGCUGUUAAGUGGGCACGUUUCCAUGCCGCGGAGCCCGUCGCCGGCGACGAGUCGAGGACACAGGAUAUCCUGCAGUCAGUUCAGCGUCUGGUGCUCUCAAUUAGCCAGCGUGAAGACGACUCCUCUUUCAUCGGAAGCCCAGGCUUUUCAAGGUUCUGUGAAGUGUGGGUACUGUGGGCUCAGCAGAUGGGAGAUAUCGAAGCCAUCGACAGGAUCAUACAACUUCGGCAGAACAAGGGAUUUGAAAUGGAUUCCUCCCCAGCCUCUUCGAGUACUACUUUCGCGGACUCAGUAAUCAUGCCACACGCCAUGGAUGCAGCCACGGUAUGCAUGAUGUUGUCGCAAGCAACUGCUGUGUUCGAGCGAUGGGCAGAGUGCCUCCCUCAAGACCGUGCCGCUCGUUUUGACGCGGCAGCUGCGGCUGUCAGCAACGCUCACCCGCUAAUAUGCGAGUAUGCUGACGAGACACUGCGCGCACGAGACAAAGUCCGCCGGGCUCUGGAGCGACUGAGGAGGACGGUCAUCAAAGUACUCGAGCCCACAGCCCAAGAGAACGCUGCAAAUGCAUCUCUGCCAGAAGACGCCAGGGCUGGUGCGCGCAAAAUCUUGCAGCUGAUCAGUAAGAUUUUAAUGGAGGCUGUGCGCGAGAAUAUCGAGAACGACGGCGUCACAGUGGUCGACUCCGAUCUCGCGACGCCUGCUUUGGAGACAUUACUCGUCCUUGCGCGCACCUCCUUAAUCAUCCGCAAUCCCGAUACGUACCAAGCCAAGGCGCUCGUCUUUCAGCAUGUCGUCGGUUGCGGGUCGCGCGCUGCGACCACGACGGCGGAAGUGAUCCUUGACGUGAUCCGACACCCCCACGAGAAGAGCGCGCAUGACCAGGUUGGCUGGACGUCGGCGACCACGGCUACACUCGCCAACUACACCCGCUGUGUUGCCGGCGCGUUCCAUAACGUUGCGGGGACGCUCUGCCAGGCGGACCGCCUCUCGCAUGCGGUGAGGUUCUUGAAUGAAGGAUGUGCCUUGGGAAAACUAGCGUUGGCGAUGCACCAGACGGCUAUGGACGAUGUGAGCGAGGUUGGUGAAGAGGAGGGUGCACGCGACAGGGAAGGGUGGAAGCAGCUCGAGGAGCAGCUGUGGCACAGAUGGGAGAUUCUGGGUGUCUGUCAGGCAAAGACAGGUGACCGCAAGAAGCGAUCAAGGUCUCCCGUGGAUCUGAGCUCUGUAUGCGACAGUCUCGGGACCUCUACCGCAUCUGCUAUUUUCGAGAUAUCUCCGUCUCUCCAGCAGCUGGGCAAGAUCUUGGACCGAGUCACGUACAUGGGUGCAUGCGAGCUCUUUUUCGAGCCCGAGGUCAUCUCCGCGAAGAGCUGGUACCCUGUUACGCCCAACGCUGGUUCCCGGUAUACGACCCACGCAAAACACAAAGCGUUCGUCGGCGCUCUGCUCGAACGGCAGGUUGCUGGACUGGAAGGGAGCAGAUGGAAGCAAGGCGUCGACCGGAUCGUGCAACAGUUGCUCCGCCACGCUCUUGCCGUCUACGAGGCAGCGCUCUUCCCCGUCAGACGCGCGAGGGUUUUCCUGCAACUACUGGAGGGCGCAUACUAUGUGACGGACGAGCGCGAUGGUGGUAAGGUCUUGGGCAUGUCUGCCGAAGACGUUGGCACUCAAGUACGGGCCCUGCUGAACUGUGAAGAUCCAGGCUGUGACGCAGGCUUUACCGAGAUCCGAACUGGGUUGCUCGCGACGCUGCAUCUAUGGCUCGCCCUGCAUGCUCACCGUUACAUGGCAGCGGAUGCCGGUUUCACGACUAUUGCUCGUCAUGCCAACGAAGCAUGUUCGAUACUGAAGAGCCUGGUACGACAAAACCCAAGAGCAUCGGGCGAUCGGCAAUCCCUUGUGAAGAUCAAGUCUCCCAAGGAGCUGCGAGUCGCCACAAAGAAGCCGGCGAAGAGAACAGUAGCCACGUCGAAGCCCCGGAGCGGAAUCCCGAGAACAACCAGAAUGACGCGAGUGCAAAUCACGGAGCCACCAGUCACUCCCAAGCCUCGUAGAGCGUUAAACGACGUCUCAUUGAAUGCUACCGUCAAGGUGUCGCAGGAGGUAUUACCUGUCAAGCCAAAAUCUUCGACAACGAUCUUCGACAAUUUGCCCGCUGCUGUUGCCCUCAUCCAGAUGGUCGCACAGUUAUCCGGCAUGCUGGGUCAUAUUUUUGUCAAAGUGCAGUUGCUCAGUCUUGCAAGAAGAUUGAGCGAGCAAAAUGCUAGCGAUACAUCCCGAGAGUACCUGGUGACCUCAAUCGAGCUUGCAUACGAAUAUUCUCAAUUGGGGCGUGCAAACAAAGCACUCUCCAUAUACUCGCACGUUCUGCAAGCUGCGGGAAAAGAAUUCGACCCAGAGAUCCGCGCACUUCUGUAUCUGCGGCACGCUGAGUCGCUUGCCGCUGCGGGACAAGUGCUACAGAGUGCUAGUGCAUAUUGUGAGGCGAUGGCCCUUGUAGAUUCUCUGUCCUCGAUGGAGGAGAAAGGCGUCACAACAUCAGAGAAGGUCCGAAUGCGAGUAAGCAUACUUGAGCGAGCGGCACUUGCAGCACGCGCAUUCGCCAUGAUUCAGCAUGCGAAGGAUGAUCCGUCGACAUCUCUUGAUGGCCUUCUUCAGUCCCUCCGACUGUGGAAUCGUGCUAUGGAGACCAUCUCAAGGCUUCGUCCAUCGCAACCCCAGAAACCGCAAUCAGAACCUGAUAAUCCCUUUGAGGUCAAGAGGGAUGACCGUGUUCCAUCGGAUCCAAGCCGACCCAAACCCCUGGAUGACAAGGCAAUGGCGGACCAACUUGCUUCUCAGAAGACAUUCCAGCGGAGACAAUUCAUGGACGGCACUGAAUGGAGGCUCGCAGAGGGUCUUCUGGUCACAAUCUUCGCCUUGGUCAGGGCCUACUACGCCCGCGGCUCUCCGAGAGAGGCAGACUACUUCAUCCAACAAGCGAGCGCACUGGCGCACUCAUUGAACGCCCCUGCCAUGAUCGGCCGCGCGUUGGCCAGGCAAGGCGAGAUCUCCUUGCGGCUCGGCCGCCUCGAGGAGGGAUUCGAGUUCUUGAUGGAAGCCGCCAAGCUGAUGAGCAACGUAUGUGGGCCCGACGCAGUCGACAUCCAUCGUCUUCGAGGCGACUACAGCUUGAGGAACGCGGAUGAGCAGACCGCACAGCAACUCUACACAGAAGCUACCGCGAUGUUGGAUGAGCUCGGGAAGAUGUUCGCUGGACUUGAUACCAACGCCGUCAGGAAAUCUCUGACAACUGCAACACGGAGAGCUUCAGCUCCAGAGAACCAAGAUGCUGAUGGUGCUCUGGCUCCGACACUGCUCGCCGCCGUUCUACGUCAACAUAUCACGCUGCUCCGUGAUUCCGGCGAGGACUAUAACGCCCUACUCCAGCGGUUCUCGACAUUGCCACCUACCUCAGAAACGACGGCGGAAGGGAGCGUUCUCACUGCGAAACUGACACUCGACGAUGUCUUCUCCCAGUUCCGGGCCGAUAUGUUCUUAAGCUCACUGGCGGAGUCAGCUAUCAUGAUCCCUAUGGGCAUCUCCAGCGACCGAGUGCUCGGUACUAACACUGUCAUGCGGGAGAUUCUGAACACCUUGUCGGCUGCAGAGCGCUCUCUGAGAUCCGACUUGAGCCUCAUCGCUCAUCGAGGGAAUGUCUCAAGCGUGCGAGACACAGCCAUUUCCCUCGCCUUGAUCAGCGCACUCCAGUCCUCUCUCGGCAAUGGCUCCGUGGAGGUCUCCCACCUAGUGGCCCGACUCAUAGAUAUGUCUACCUCAAUCACCCUGCGUCGCGAGAUGCUCGAGGCUAUCAAGCACAAGUUCAUCGACUGGGUGGACGCCAAUGAUCUGCAGCACCCACGGAUCACGCUAAACGGCACACCUAUACCGCAUGUAGAGGUGCCAAAGCCAUCAAGGCGGGGUCUGUUCCUCGACCCCGAGGAUGAGCCCGACCGUAGCACCCUUGACGACGCGAUUCCACUGAAGGACUACUGGAAAUCCAUCGCUGCUCGGUAUCAGUCCGGCUUCUUCGAUGAAUCCGGGCAGUCUGCUGCUGGCCGCCCUCCCCUGCCCAAGAACUGGUCUGUCAUCAACAUCAGCGUGACGGAGGAUAAGAACAUGCUCUUCGUAUCUCGUCAGCGAAGUGGCCGGGAACCCUUGGUGUUCUGCCUGCCGCUCCGCGGCCGGCGCGAAGACGAGGAGGACCAGCGUCUCACCUUCAGCGAUGCCAUAGGUGAGAUGAAGGAGAUCAUGAGACUGAACGAUGAGGGCACUCGAGGCGCAGCAAGCGUAAAGAAGAACGACCGGGCAGCGAGAGCUGCGUGGUGGGCCGCACGAGGCGCGCUCGAUCAGCGCCUGCAGGAUCUCUUGGGCAACAUCGAGUUCUGCUGGUUCGGCGCGUUCAAGACCGUCCUGAGCGCGCCCCACGAGCGCGUGCGGCUCGACGAUGCGCUGCUCGAGUGCUUUGCCGCGCUCCCGCCGGAUUGCAAGGACGAGGAGCUCGAGGACCUGGUCUACUUCGUGCUUGAUCUGUACCAGUUCCACGGCGUGCCCGUCGCCAUGGCUGAGGUGGACGUGGAUCAAGUCGUGGUUGAUCUGCGGAGCGCGCUCGAGGAGCACAGGGCACGCACGGAGAGCCGGAGGGUCCCCAACGUGCAGGGUAUCCCCUGGGAGAGCCUGCCCAUCCUCAGGGGGCAGAGCAUCAGUCGGAUCCCGAACAUGGACUUCUUGAUCGACAGGCUCGAGCUCGCUAGGCAACAGAGGAAACCCGGCUCGCGGACUAGUGAGCGCAUUGUGGAUCGCAUCGACGUCGAUCCGAAGAAGGCCUACUACGUGCUCAAUCCUAGCGGGGAUCUCAAGAACACGCAGGACCGGUUUGCGGACUGGGCGAAGGGUAUGCGUGCGGUGGGGUGGGACGGGAUCAUCGGGAAAGUUCCGAGCGAGCAACAGCUCGUAGACGCACUAACACGGAACGACUUGGUGAUAUAUUUCGGGCAUGGAGGCGCGGAGCAGUACAUUCGGUCCACGAAGAUCAGGCACCUGCCUCGGUGUGCUGCGACUAUGCUCUGGGGCUGCUCCUCAGGUGCGCUCAGAGACAUGGGAGACUUCGACCGGACGGGGACGCCCUAUAAUUACAUGUUGGCGGGAUGCCCCACACUUAUCGCAAAUCUUUGGGAUGUGACGGACCGCGACAUCGACAAGUUCUCGCAAGUGGUCUUCGAUGAGCUGCAAUUAACUCCCGACGGUCUGAUCCGACCACGGGCGGAUGGGAAGUCGGUCGUGGCCGCCGUUGCCCAGGCGAGAGAUUGUUGCAAACUCAAGUACUUGACGGGUGCGGCGCCCAUCGUAUACGGGAUUCCUUUCUAUCUAUAGGCAGCGUUCUACGUCGCUGCUUAUGCAAUUCACGAGCAUGCACACUACAUACCCCGCAUUUCACUACUUUUCUCGCUUGCUAACUAGAUGGGACUAUCAUAAUAUAGUUGUUCUGCGGCUCCAGCUGGACUGUGUAGUUGUGAUUUCCACCUUGGGCGCCGCCGUACAUGCUUCCAUUGUGAUGAGCUCUGCUUCCAGGACACGAACCGGCUUCUGGCAGCGCGCAAACCGGGCCAGGUGUAUGUAGUGGCCGCGGCUUGUUGGUGAAAGUGUACGUUCUUGGUCUUCGUCGCAGACUUGGAGUAACCCAGUAAGCACUAGCCCAUCAUGAUGAUCAUGUAUAGUGCCAUUAAUUGUGCGGGAUGGUUCUUGCCUGCAUGCGUCAUGCUAAAUGACGGCGGUCCGGUUUAUC